UGACCUCCGGCCGCCAGGGGGAGCAAGUCGGCUCCGUCUCCUUUGCCGCAGGCCCCAAGGCCGCUUACGGAAGCGGAACAACUUCAUCCUUCUUUUUCCGGGCGACCAUCGCGGCGGCUGCAGCGGCCAAAAUGAAGAUCAAUCCAUUUGUCACCUCGGACCGCAGCAAGAACCGCAAGCGGCAUUUCAAUGCCCCGUCCCACAUCAGGAGGAAAAUCAUGUCCUCCCCAUUAUCCAAGGAGCUGAGGCAGAAAUACAACGUGCGCUCCAUGCCCAUCCGCAAGGACGACGAAGUCCAGGUUGUCCGGGGACAUUACAAAGGGCAGCAGAUCGGUAAAGUGGUCCAGGUGUACAGGAAGAAAUACGUCAUCUACAUUGAGCGCGUGCAGCGGGAGAAGGCCAACGGCACCACGGUGCACGUGGGGAUCCAUCCCAGCAAGGUUGUGAUCACGAGGCUAAAACUGGACAAAGACCGCAAGAAAAUCUUGGAGCGUAAAGCAAAAUCCCGCCAGGUUGGCAAAGAAAAGGGCAAAUACAAGGAAGAAACGAUCGAAAAGAUGCAAGAGUAGAUGGUUUUUUAUUUGACACCAUUAAAGAACUGCUAAAAUUCAA